UCAGUGGGCAGUCUGUGUGUGGUACUGCGAGUGUUGGAGAAACUAGGCAAAGCGACUGCGAGCGGCUGGCUCGUACGAGGCAAACUUUUCACCAUCAAACCAUUUUUAAACAAGCAAUCAAAUAGGGAUUGGGAGAAUUUAUCAACACCCUGAGAACUGUGUUCAAGCAAGUCUUAACAGAGGAAAACAAUCUCGAAGCGAUUGUUAGGCGCUGCUUUUUUCUUCUAGGGUUGGGAUUGAUUCCCAACCAGCGCCUAAUACUGAUCGUAUAAGGUCACGAGUGGAGGACUUCGACGUUUCCUCGGUGCAAGGAAUUAUUGCUGCAUUUACCUUCGCGGAAAGGGAUUUUAUGGAGACUGAAGGUAACGCGGAAGAUAACUUUCACAACAAUCCACUCGUAAUUUAGUCAGUCGAUUUAGCAAUUAAGCACUCUUCAUGCUUUGUUCCUGUUUUGUAGUUUACAAAGCUGCUGCCGUGUAUAUUUAUCCCAGACCAAGCUAAAGAAAGAGUCUGUUUGACCCAUUUAUCCAGGAAUUGAUUGGGUUUCUAUUGCUGUAUUUCUGACAUUGUUCUGUAAUCUUGUCUGGUUACAUUCAAGCAAACAGCAGUCAGGUAAUCUUGUUAUUGCGAGAAGACUCAUAAGCAGCUUGUUAGUCGCAGCUCGCAGAGCAGAUGACAAGCAGCAAAUGUGUGUUUGCCUCGCUCGACACAACUAUUCUGUGUUUACAGCACACGCGCAGCUGAACGCUUGACUCUUAUUGGAGAUAAUGAGCCAACGCGCUGUGUUUUUGUCUUGCUCCUCGCCUGUGUGAAGGAUAAAGGGGUUAAACCGGGGAUCAGGAGCGGGAGAAGCGCGUGCAUCGGGUGGACGGACCGGGCUUUGUGUGUCCGCGAGUGCUGGGAGGGGUGACGGACGGGCUCUCUCUCAUCUACUCGGAUUACUGAAGAGCGCCACAUCCCCUGGAUCUUCUCUUCGGAAAGGAUACAUUCAAGAUGUAUCCGCAGGGCCGGCAUCCGGCACCUCACCAGCCUGGCCAGCCGGGCUUCAAAUUCACUGUAGCAGAAUCUUGUGACAGAAUCAAAGACGAGUUUCAGUUCCUUCAAGCUCAGUACCACAGUCUUAAAGUGGAGUACGACAAACUGGCCAAUGAGAAGACUGAGAUGCAGAGGCAUUAUGUUAUGUACUAUGAGAUGUCAUAUGGACUGAACAUUGAAAUGCAUAAACAGACUGAGAUUGCCAAACGGCUAAAUGCAAUUCUUGCUCAAAUCAUGCCUUUUUUGUCACAAGAGCACCAACAGCAGGUCGCACAGGCUGUUGAACGUGCUAAGCAAGUGACAAUGACCGAGUUGAAUGCCAUCAUCGGGGUACGUGGACUUCCCAAUCUGCCUCUCACCCAGCAGGCUCAUGCUGUCUACCCUGCUCUGAUGCAGCAGCAGCUCCAGGCUCAGCAUCUUUCUCAUGCUGCCCAUGGACCACCAGUCCAGCUGCCCCCUCACCCCUCGGGGCUGCAGCCCCCAGGCAUCCCUCCAGUCACAGGCUCAGGGUCAGGUCUGCUGGCACUGGGAGCUCUGGGCAGCCAGGCACACCUGCCAGUCAAAGAUGAGAAGAACCACCAUGACCUGGAGCACAGAGAGCGGGAGUCUAGCACGAAUAAUUCCGUAUCACCGUCAGACAGCCUGAGGGCCAGUGAGAAACAUAGAGGCUCUUCUGAAUACAGUCUGGAUCCAAAGAAGCGUAGAGUGGAGGAGAAGGACAACAUGAGCCGAUAUGAUAGCGAUGGUGACAAAAGUGACGAUCUGGUGGUGGAUGUGUCCAACGAGGAUCCAGCUACUCCAAGAGUCAGCCCGUCACACUCUCCUCCUGAGAACGGUCUGGAUAAAGCCAGAGCGCUGAAGAAAGACGCCCCAAACAGCCCAGCUUCCGUGGCGUCCUCUGGGAGCACCCCAUCCUCCAAAGCGAAGGACCACCCACAUAACGACAAGUCCUCCACCCCAGGUUUGAAGUCCAACACCCCUACCCCACGCAACGACGCUCCCACCCCAGGAACCAGCAACACCCCCGGGCUCAGGCCCCAUCCCGGAAAACCACCUGGCAUGGAAGCACUGACAGCACCUGCUCUUCGUACACCAUUGUCGAUUGCACCACCAUAUGGGACUCCCUUCAUGAUGGGUCACCACCCAGAGAUGAACGGCUCAUUGACCAGUCCUGGUGUUUAUCCUGGCCUUCACAUUUCUCCUCAGAUGAGCGCAGCAGCCGCUGCUGCCUAUGGACGCACACAUAUGCCGGGCUUUGAUCCUCAUCCCCACAUGCGUGCACCCGUUCUGCCAGCAAGUCUGACCUCUAUCCCUGGAGGAAAACCGGCCUACUCCUUCCAUGUUAGCGCGGAUGGCCAGAUGCAGCCAGUUCCGUUUCCUCCUGACGCUCUGAUUGGUCCAGGAAUUCCCCGUCACGCUCGCCAGAUCAACACACUGAGCCACGGAGAGGUUGUGUGCGCUGUGACCAUCAGCAACCCCACACGGCAUGUUUACACUGGUGGCAAGGGCUGUGUGAAGAUCUGGGAUAUCAGUCAACCCGGCAGCAAGAGUCCCGUCUCACAACUCGACUGCCUGAACAGGGAUAACUAUAUCCGUUCCUGUAAGCUGCUUCCGGAUGGCCGUACUCUGAUUGUUGGAGGGGAAGCCAGCACUCUGACCAUAUGGGAUUUGGCCUCUCAGACUCCUCGUAUCAAAGCAGAGCUCACCUCUUCUGCCCCGGCUUGUUAUGCGCUGGCGAUCAGCCCUGAUGCCAAGGUCUGCUUCUCCUGCUGCAGUGAUGGAAAUAUUGCCGUCUGGGACCUUCAUAACCAAACCCUUGUGAGGCAGUUCCAGGGUCACACAGAUGGGGCGAGUUGUAUAGAUAUUUCCCAUGAUGGCACCAAACUGUGGACAGGUGGACUGGACAACACUGUACGGUCCUGGGACCUGAGAGAGGGUCGCCAGCUUCAGCAGCAUGACUUCACAUCACAGAUCUUCUCUCUGGGCUACUGUCCGACGGGCGAGUGGCUGGCUGUGGGAAUGGAGAGCAGUAAUGUGGAGGUGCUUCAUCACACCAAGCCUGACAAGUACCAGCUGCACCUGCACGAGAGCUGUGUCCUCUCCCUCAAAUUUGCUUACUGUGGUAAAUGGUUUGUGAGCACUGGGAAGGACAAUCUCUUGAAUGCCUGGAGGACUCCCUAUGGUGCCAGCAUUUUCCAGUCCAAGGAGUCGUCCUCUGUCCUGAGCUGUGACAUCUCGGCUGAUGAUAAGUACAUUGUGACGGGAUCUGGUGACAAGAAGGCCACGGUGUAUGAAGUCAUCUACUAAACUCGCUGCUUCACCAGAACUAAAGACCUAUGGAUGGGCCUGAUUUGUUUUGAUGGAUUUAAGGGAUCACUCAUCCACCUGUACAGUAGGAACCCAGGUUAGGAAUCGGUUGGUUCACUGGGAUUGCAGCCCAGAUGCUUUUUUAUUUUGAUCGCACCUGGAUUCUUACAGCAGUGAAAUGAUCCUCAACAAAUCCACAUGGAAACGUGUUAAACUGUCCCAAGGACUCCCUGACGGCACUAAUGUAGUAAAUAUUGUCUUGCCUUUGCUUUCGGUCUGCUCAUGGGAUUGUGUGUGCCUAUUCCUUCCAUAGUAUUCCCCCCCCAACCGCCUUCCUUUUAACCAACAGUGAAUGAUCUGUGAUGUAAUAUGAAGCAGUGCUUCAGUUUUAGCCUCCUGCUCCCUGGACAAUUUGUUAAAAAGUGUAUAUAUGGAGUAAUAAAGACAUUUUAUAAAUAUAUAUAAUUAUAUAUAUUUCCAUGUCCUGAUAUACUUGUGAUGGGUUUCUUUGUCCUCAUGUCCUUAAUGCUUGAUGAAUGUAGAGUAGGACACAUUUUCUUUUGAAUUUGGUUGCACACUCUCUGGGCUGGCCAUUUCCUAAAAGGCUCAAGUGGAGGGGGGAAAAACCUUCCUGUUUCUUCCUGAAUCAUUUUUUUGUAAUUCUUAUUUUGUUUUUGGAGCCCAUGUGCUGUUCAUGGAAAACCGGAUCAAACUGGAAUCCUGCGGAAGUCUAAAUACGAAGCAGCCCAUGAAUGAAGGGUCGUAUGUAAAUCAGAAGCGGUAUUAAACUGGGAGAGUGACUAACUGUACUACUUGUCUGUGCCCUUUGCUUUGUGUGGCAUCUCGUCGGAAAGAGGAAUUCAGAUAAUGAAGUGUGAUUGUAACAUGCUGACUCGGCGUAGAUCACACACUGCGAUGAGUAUCUUGCCAACCGAUCCCAUAAGCGGCUCCACUAUAGUUGGCUGCUGUUGAAAUGGGAGAUGACUCACCCCAGUGAUUGACGGCUUACUUCUGCUGUAGAGAUCGCCACCCCUAAAGAGCCUGUUUUUGGCCUCAGAUUGACGUGAACCAGCUUCUCUGAGUGAUCCGAGUCAUCGGGAUUCGCUUCUGUACAAGUUGAGCAAGUUUUCUAAUGAAUCUAUUCAUUGCCUGCACUUGACUUUGGUGGAAGCUCGGUGUGAAAGUGUGGGCACACGAGAGAGGGAGGAGAUCGUCACUUUUUUAACCUAAUCCUGGCCUACCCCUUUUUGUGUAACUGUUGAAACUGGUGUCUGCAGAACCGGUCAUGGCGAACUCAGUCUUUAAUAUGACACACACAAGGAAAACAAAACAUGACCCGCCUGCCUUUCACAACCUCUCAACUUCACACCAAAGUAUGUAGCAAAACUGUGUCAGCACUGAUCAUGUACAGUUGUUAAUAAUUCAAUAAACUUUUUUUGUAAAAUGUGUCACGAA